CAAAAAAGCACCAAUUAAAUUCAAAUUGAAUCAUAUGAUUUCCUCUCAGCCGUUAUUUGACCCCGUGUCUAUGUGAUCACUGGAUAGGGCUGUGUAUGUCUAUGUAGAUGUGUAUCUGUGUGCCAUGAGGUGUCCAGAUCUUAGCUCUGUGCAAAUGUUUUUUACUAUAAAAAGAGAGAGUGGGUUUUUCAUUUUAUUUUAUCUUUUUAUUGUUAGCCUGCGAUGGCCCAUAACUCAGAUGCAAUUGUUGGGACAUAACACAGCGUGGAUGGAAAGUGCAUCGGUGCAGGAGGAAUCGGUCAGGGUGGGUGUUUGGGUGAGAGAACCGGCUCCUCUGUGUCAUGAGGCCACAGCCAUGGAGCUCUUUGUUCCUCAAGAAGUGCGAGCCACUUUUUCACAAGCAGGAAGCAGAAUCCUCAUGCGCGUUAACAUCUCCGGAUUUGCCCGUGCGCUCCGAGACCAGCGCCGUGACCCACACCGCUGCUGCUGACAUCCCACUGGCUGGUUGGUCAGACAGCAUUGUGUUGCAUCUAGGAGUGGUGGAUGGGCAUCACACAGAGGGGUGGGCCAUUCUCCGAGCUCUGCUUAGAUCACCCACUGCAUCCCCGAGUGGAUGAGGCUGUGUCCCGACGCCACGCUUUACCAUGUCCCGCAGGGCUCUUUCCGCGGCGCCUGGGAAGCACUUCCUCUGAAAGAGCAAAAGCCAAAAAUGUUUCUGAGGGAAAAGGAGAAAUUACAGCACUUAAGUCCAAACAAUAUAAACAUUGAGAAGAUGAAAUAAAUUGGGCAGAUGAGCUGAUUAGAUGAAAGCUUCAGGCUGGACUGUUAACCCUCACUUGCCUUGGGUGUCAUCCUCAUGUCUUCAAGUUCAUCUUAAAUCUUUUGCCAUAACAGCCCCAUUCAUUACCCCCCUCCCCGGUCUGUACAGACCAUAUGAUUUUCUGCACAAUCACCACAUUGUAUCUUCCAGGUAGGAUCGCUGGAUUCCUCUUUUGGCCAUGCCAUUGAAUCAGAUUGUUCCUAUUGGACGAGGGCGUUCCUGAUUAAUGUGACCAUAGCGCGACUGUCAGGCAAACAGCCCACUUGCACCAUGCCCCAAAGGCAGCAGACCUACAGUGUGAUGCCUUGUGCCACUGCAAGGGUCAAAAACAUGCUAUAAAUGCACCUCCAUAAACUAGCUUUAGUAGCACCACGAAUCACUUGUCUGUUUCAUCCCUUUUUUUUCUGGCUAAAGGCUCCUUUAUUUACUAAAGCUAUGAAUAGAGGCCUGAUGGUGUACAUGGUUUUAGAGUAUGCAGGGUUCUCUGUGGACUUUUAACGUGACUUUUAAUCUCAAGCCUUGUCUGGGAAAUAUGUUAGUGUUUAGGAGUUUUGCCUUGUAGUUCCUGAUGAAACGCUGGAAAAUUCCUGAUAAUUUUAUGGCGUGAGGAGGUACUAGGUGGAAGUCAGCAAAUGUUCCUUUCACAUUUUUAUCCUUUAACUAUUAGCAGCUGUGUUUCCUCUCUCUGCAUUCUUCUUUGUGCCAUGAUGUUUUUGUAAAUGAAGAUUAACCUGUUGUAACCUGCAUUGUUCGCAGGGAAUCCCCUCUGACAGUGUAAUUUAGUACAAGUUGCUUCAUGUUGCAGUCUGUGUUGCUGUAUUAUACAACAGAGGAAGUUGGGCCACUUUUGUCUAAAAGAAUAGAGCAGCCAUCUUAGCUCCUGACUCAGGAAGCACUCGGCUUCCGUGUUUAAUGACGAGGAGCGAUGGGGGAGGGGAAAAACGCCUUCCAUAACAUACACCCUCCCACACCUACACCCCUGGUUUGUAGAGUGUCUUUCUACAAACCAGCACUUCUCUGUCGCUAGGCCGAAUAUUGGUUAAUUGGUGCCCAGGUUUGAGCUAGUCGCGGGCAAGCAUGCCCAAAGCCCGUCACCCUGCCUGGCGAGCGGUGCUGAGGCCCAGAGCUCGAACGGUGCUGUCCCAGUGGCCCUCUGUCAAUGCGGCUUUGUGUGCAGCCCACCAUAAAUGUUAAUAAGCCUCCAGCACAGCGCGCUGACCCUGACCCAAGCCAUACCUUUGAUUUCAUCUGCGAAUGAACACCACAAGCGGGCCAAUGGGCGGCCAGGGGUGAAGCCAACUCCUCUCAAAGCCAGUGAACCCACACUGGUGUCCCACGUGGCUCUUUGAUAUGAGCAUAAUAGCAGGACAGGAAUGUUGCAGAAUUUGUCAGGUUAACCCGAUCUGGGGCUGUGUUGUGGGUUUUUUUGUUUUGUUUGUUUUUUUGUUUUCUGAACAGAGGUCUGUUUGGGGGCCUGAUUCUCCCCUCUUUCUCCUCCUUGUCUGUCAUUUUCUCUCCUCUGUCUCGGCCUCGUCUGCUCAGUCCUUCGCACUGUAGCUUUUGCUUUCAUAGUCUGGGGCCUAUUUGUCAAUGUCCGGGCCACGCAGUGCCAUGAAGAACUGUGUGACGCAGAGAGAGACCCCUCAUUCGCAGGGGCUCCCAUCCUACACUCAAUGCAGCCUCUGUCCCUCCAAGAAGAGUGCUGUGUUGGGGCGAACAGUUGCUUCUACAAACUGGUCAGCAUGGAGUCAAGCCAUGUCCUCUGUUUCAGUGUUCUGAAGAGACCACCCUGGGAGAGAUAGAGCAGGAGGCCUCAUACUUGCCAUUAAUUAUUAAAAGCCUAUUCAUACAAUACACUGAAAGAUGUUUUUCCUUUGGCAAAUCUGGCACAAAUGAUCAAAGCCCAGUGCCCUAUAGUUAAUAAUGUGAUUAUAUACAUUAUAGUGAUAUAACCGUUGGGUUUUUUUAAAGCCUUGCCUGACCCUGCACUAUUUUGUUUAUUUAUCUCUUGAUUAGGAAACAGCUGCAUUAUCGAAGACCUGCUUGAGCGAAGAGAAAACACAACACAGAAUGCCCUGAACCGAAAACGAAGCAGAGUGCUGUUGAUUUAAAGACUUUUUUUUUAAAUUGUAGUUAUCCUAAAAAGAAGCAUCGGCCAUUAUCCACAUCCUUUUCCGUGCGUGAUCUGUUGGCCUGCUCGCUGUCUCCAGUGAUGCGCCACCGUGCAGUGUACCUAACUGAGCAGGAAGCACACUCGAGCUUUCUGAUUGUGUUUACGCGGUUUCGGUUGACACCGAUCUCCCAAGAGCAAGCUGCUUGAACACAUACUCGCGCACAGAGCCCAGCCCCUGGACCCCGUUAGCGUGCGAAUCGCCGCAUCUGCACUGGCGCCACAGCGGUGCUGCUUUUAAACGGCGGCUUCCGAGAAAUUAGCAUGACCAGCGUGACUAGCCGCCAUUCUGAUGCACUCAUAUUGGAUGGGACGUAUCCGUUUUGUCUCUGGGAAAUCCAUGCAGUUGCUUGGGCCAUGGAUAUGACGUAAAUAAGUGGUUUGCCAACAUGAGAAAGACUACAGCAGCCUUUGUGAGAGGCAGCCAAUCGGACGCAUGCUCUUCCGGCAGUUCUGCGAUACCAGACCUGAGCUGAGACGCUGCGUCAAAUUUUUGGAUGCCGUGGCUGAGUAUGAAGUAACCCCAGAUGAGAAGAGGAAGGAGUGUGGACAGGAACUCCUUGACAAGUAUUUAAAUCCUGAGUCUGAGGACCACGUCCCUGAGGUGACCGAGGAGAUGGUGUCUAAAUGUGCAGCACGCUUGAAAGAGGAGGCCUGUAAAGAACUUUUCAUGGAGUGUACCAGACUGGUCCAUGACUACCUGAGCGUGGCCCCCUUUGCAGACUACCUCGACAGCAUCUUCUUCAACCGCUUCCUGCAGUGGAAAUGGCUCGAGAGGCAGCCAGUUACAAAAAACACAUUCCGUCAGUACAGGGUAUUGGGGAAGGGCGGGUUUGGUGAGGUCUGCGCAUGCCAGGUGCGGGCCACGGGGAAGAUGUACGCCUGCAAGAAGCUAGAGAAGAAGAGGAUCAAGAAGAGGAAGGGGGAGGGCAUGGCCCUGAACGAGAAACAGAUCCUAGAGAAGGUCAACAGUCGCUUUGUAGUGAGCCUGGCGUACGCCUACGAGACGAAAGACGCCCUUUGCUUAGUGCUUACGCUCAUGAACGGCGGCGACCUCAAGUUCCACAUCUACCACAUGGGUGAGGCGGGCUUCGAGGAGAAAAGGGCCAUCUUCUACGCUGCAGAGAUCUGCUGUGGCCUGGAGGAUCUCCACAGAGAGAGGAUGGUGUACAGGGACCUGAAGCCAGAAAACAUACUGUUGGAUGACCAUGGCCACAUCCGCAUAUCCGACCUGGGCCUGGCUGUGCACGUGCCAGAGGGCCAGACCAUCAAAGGGCGAGUGGGCACCGUCGGGUACAUGGCCCCGGAAGUGGUCAAGAACGAGCGGUACACAUUCAGUCCGGACUGGUGGGCUCUGGGUUGCCUCCUGUACGAGAUGAUCGAGGGCCAGUCCCCAUUCCAGCAGCGCAAGAAGAAAAUCAAGCGGGAGGAAGUGGAGCGGCUCGUCAAGGAAGUGGUGGAGGAGUACUCCAGCAAGUUCUCCGAGGAGGCCAAGUCCCUCUGCAAAAUGCUGCUGGCCAAAGAUCCUGCCGGAAGGCUUGGCUGUCAAGGCGGGGCCUCAGAGGUGAAGGGUCAUCCCCUCUUCCGCUCUAUCAACUUCAAGCGUCUGGAGGCGGGCAUGCUGGAAGCCCCUUUCAUUCCAGACCCUCAGGCCAUCUAUUGUAAGGAUGUGCUGGACAUUGAGCAGUUCUCCACUGUGAAGGGUGUGGAGCUGGAGCCCAAAGAUGACUCCUUCUAUAGCAAAGUGUCAACGGGCAGCGUUCCCAUUCCCUGGCAAAACGAGAUGAUCGAGUCGGAGUGUUUUAAAGAACUCAACGUGCUGAACCUGGAUGGCACUGUGCCCCCAGACUUGGACUGGAGGGGCCAGCCCUCACCACCACCCAAACAGGGCCUGCUCCAGAGACUGUUUGGGAGGCAGGACUGCUGUGGAAACUGCAGCGACAGUGAGGAUGAGCCUACACGGCUGUGAGGAGGCAGCCUCCUUGUCCAGCUGAGGAUCUCAUUUGUUUACAAUUUUUGCACAUUUGUAUUUUUAAAAUAGCUCUAUAUAAACAUUGGAAUGUAUAUUUUCACUAUAUAGCCAUGCAGCCUAUGUUAUUUAAAGUCAAAAAGACUAAAAGGACAGCAAAAAGGGUCACACACCAUCCACAUCCGUCAUUGCAAAGUAUUGGAAUGACAGGUAAGUUAACAACUGUUUUAGACUCGAAGCCUGACUGACCCAAACAACCCUCUCCAUAUUAUUAGCCCGUGUCAUUGCCUUGUGCUUUUCCUUCCUCUUUUGUGUUUUUUUUCCUUGAUUCUCAAACAUAAAGAGCACAUGCUCAGACAUUUUUGUUUUAAAUGUUCAAAAGAAGGGUGAAAGAAGUAUCUUCACAAAUAUUUUUAUAUUUAUAUUUUUGAUUUUAUUUUUCUUAUGGUAAUCUUGACAAUCAAAUGAUACCAUUUGUACAAGACCUUGACCAAUGCGCAUGUUCAAAAUGCAGACACGUGGAGUGACUGAAGAACAUCGAUUUCUUGCAUUCAGAUGUAUGAAUUUCUAACAUUUCUACCCGAAGUCUCAAAUGUAUACGUAGGGUUAUCUAGCUAGGGACACCAAGUAAACCAAAUAGGUGUGAUUCCAAGUGCAUAUAUAUGUAUGUAUAUGUUAACAACUACAGCCAAUGUUGUAAAUAAGUGACACUCAUCUGUAAAGCCCUGAGUGUGUCUUCCUGCAAAUUUCUCUCUGAAUAUUUGAGGAAAAAAAAAAAAAAAACACGAUUAGUGUUCUGACCCAUAUAUUGCAUGGUUAGUCUAUGCAUAAAACAUUUUGCAUUUAUAAUGCAUUUAUCACUUGUCAUUCACCAUUUAGUUGUGUGAGACUUUGUGAUGACUUUGUGAUAUGUUUCAUUAUUGAACUGUGUGGCUCUGGGGAUAUGGUGCCACCACUGAGAGUCAUACCUAUGGAAAACAUUAGUGCAUUAUCAAAACAUCUUCUAAUGCAUUAUAGAUGUGAUUUUGUGAAUAUGAGUAGAUUUAUCAUACAAAAUGCCAUAGAUUUAUUGCUGCUUUCCCACAGAUGGGUCAAUGAAAUGAAAACCACAAAAAGAUAAUUUGCCAAAAACAUAUUCACCUUUGUACAUGCAUCAGCUGCAGUCUGGUUAAGGCUUUCAUUCUUGUUUUUAGGCUUUAACCCUGGUGGCCUCCUGUAGAUUUAAAACCUCUUGAUGCACUUAAGACCAAACCACUUUAAUUUUGUCCUCCAUCACCAUGGAAGGUGCCUUUGACAUUUUAAGGUACUCUUGUAGUUAGGGUUUUUAUACGGAAUCAUGACAAAUGUCAUGUUACUGUUUAAGUUGGCUUCGCUCUUUGCACAUAUGCCCUCUCCCUUAGCUGUUGUUUUACCUCAUCUGGGUCCUGUGGAUGUUCAGUCUUGAUCCAAGAUUCUCUUGGUUCCCUUUUUAUUCUUUGUCUUUUUUUAUUUAAACAUUUGGACAUGAUACUAACUCUGAAGAGAGAAAUGGCUUUGAGAUCUUGAAAGCCUAACUUUGAACUCUUGGAUACUUCUUGACCUACCUACCCAUCGAAUUCAAAGGCGUGUCCGUGAGAAUGCUUUGGGGGAAGGCCAGAGGGGCGGGCCUUUACCUCAGCAGUGACAACUACCCGUCAAUCAGCCUGGCUCUUGAGGGAGGUCCGGAGGGGCGGGACUUUACCUUAUCAGU